AUGACUUUUCAUCGUGCCGAGAAACAACGAUUCAAAAAAUUUUCAAUCUUUAAUAAAAAAUCUAUCGUUCCUGCCGACAUUACCAUGCCACCAAAAAUCACUUAUCUUUCGUUAUUACAAAGUGUUCAGUGUUGUCAAACUAAAAAACCGAUCAUCGUCAAAAAUUCUCCAAAAGUGAAAGAAUCACCUUGUCAACAUAAAUCAAAACGAACCUCUCCUUCAAAAAUCUUUCAAAAAGCUUUGAAAAAAGUUACCAAAACUUUUAAAAAAUCAAAAUUAGAAUCCGAUUCUAAUACCUCCUCCUCCUCUAAUACAUCUAAUACCUGUACUCGUCGAGUAAAGAAACGCAUCACAACAGAAUUAAAGCCGAAACACAGAAGAUUCGGAAUUUAUGUUUCACCAGAAUGCGGCAACCAAUUUGUACCUGCCAGAUUUGAACUCUCUAAAAAUAGACAAAGAAUAUGCAUUGACUCUAAUGAGAAUCCUUAUUUACCGACUCCUAAAGCUCUACCUGGAUCCAUUCAUAAAUUUCCCACUUCGGAAUUAAAAUUAUUAAAGUUCAAAAUUAAUUAUUAUUGGGAAUCACUAUCAGCGUCACACAAUAUGACAAUCCCAUAUGGAAUAACAUUCAAGAGUUUCUUAAGAUAUUGCCAACAAGAAGUUGAAUUUAUGGUUCCAAAUGAUUGUAUCGUAUUGGCACAUACAGAGAAAUUUGAAGACGAUGAUAUUACCUUUUUACUCACCGGAAAAGGACUUAAUAAAGGAAAGAUCAAUUAUAAAAAGAAAGCGAUGGAAUUAAAGAAAUUAUUUGAAAAAGAUGCCUUGAAAAUUAUAGAUUGUGAAGAUAUUUGGAAAAUAAUAAUGGAAGGAUGGAAUAAUCAUCAAGAUGAUGAUGUUAUAGAUGUUACUCUAUUUUCGGCAGAAAUGUUGUAA